AAAGGUGCUGGAGGUUUUCUGAGUGAUUUUCGUAGUCGAUAGGAUGAAGAAACUGAUUAGAGAUAAUCUGGAAAAUUAUAAAUAAAGUUAUAGGAAAUGCAAAGGGUCAUGAAAUUUGAGUUCAACAACUACAACAACCAGCACACAAUGUGUAUUCCUUGACUAGCUUUUGUAUACAGCUGAGCAGCAGAGCUGGAGAAUACUGGCAUCAUAGGUGUGACCUUUGAGUAGGAUGGACAUGCAUGAUGGCAUGAGAGCCUCAUCAUCCCCUAUAAAUCCGAAUUCGAGACACCUUCUCCCUAACAUUAACGAAACAUAAUUCACAAUUAAUCUUAGUUCCAACUUUCAGUUAAGAUGAGGUUUACUAGCAGGAAAAAUAUCGCUCUUUCAAUUUUGCUGUUUGCGUUCGUGAUGGCGGGUUUGGUGGAUCAAGGGCAGGGAAGUACUUGUGCAAGCACCUUCUUCUCGGCACUAGUUCAGCUAAUACCAUGCAGAGCAGCAGUUGUUCCUUUCAGCCCCAUCCCCCCGAGCGAGACAUGCUGCGGUGCCCUCAAAGCUCUUGGCCAGCCUUGCCUCUGUGUGCUCGUCAAUGGCCCUCCAAUCUCUGGCGUUGAUCGCAGUAUGGCCAUGCAGCUCCCGGAGAAGUGCAGCGCCAACUUUGAACCAUGUACCUUCUAGCUCCUCGGGCACACUUUUUCGAUCCGGUAACAUUAUGAUUUAGAAGUUGAAGCUUGGAGCUGAGGAGCAUAUUUUCUAGCUUGAAUAAAUGUGUUAUAUUUUCAUAGGCUGCUGUUAACAAUAAGACGCUGUGUGCUGAGAUAUAUCAGCACUGAAUCGUGUCGGUUUUAGCUUAAUCUAGGAUUUGUGUUCUUUGUAAUUUGAUUUCCGAUGUCAUAGAUUGCUAUUCCGUUUUAAUAAUCAAGUAUUAUUUAUCUUUA